AUGACAGUAACCUGGUUCGGCCAAUCGACCUGCCUCGUCCAAAUGGACGGCUACAACAUCCUUACGGACCCGAUCUUCAGCACGCGCACAAUCGGCAGCUGGUUCGGGCCCAAACGGUUACGGCCGCCACCGUGUAAAUUGAGUGAGCUGCCGAGGGUGGAUAUUGUGCUGGUUAGCCAUGAUCAUUAUGAUCAUUUGGAUCGCGCGGUGGUGAAGGAGUUGGGCAACUCGGUGACAUGGUAUGUCCCGUUGGGGCUUAGGGGAUGGUUUAACGGGCACGGCGUCACCAAUGUAAUCGAACUUGACUGGUGGCAAGAACACACCCACACCUCUGUCUCCCCCACACAACCCACCCUCCUAAUAGCCUCCACCCCAACCCAACACUGGUCCGGCCGCCACUUCUUCGACGUCAACCGCUCCCUCUGGUCCUCCUUCAUCGUCAAAGGACCCAGAGAAUCGCUGUUUCAUUGUGGGGAUACGGGCUACUGUGGCGUUUUCAAAGAGAUCGGGAGGAAAUAUGGGGAGGUGGGGUUGGCCCUUUUGCCGAUUGGAGCCUACGAACCCCGCCACGUCCUCCACCACCAACACAUCUCCCCCUCCGAGGCCCUGCAAAUUCACACAGAGAUCAACGCGACACAUACCGUCGGCGUGCACUGGGGAACCUUCAUGAUGUCCGAUGAGCAUUACCUAGAUCCGCCAAAAGUUUUGGAGGAGGGGAGGAGGGAGAGGGGAUUGAGGGUGGGGAGUGUUGGGGUUGUUGGGUUGGGAAGGACGGUGAGGGUUGGAGGGGGGAUGUUUUGUGCGGAUGUACCGGCGGAGCAGUCUAUACCAAGCUGA